ACUUAGCAGUUUAUCGCUGCCUUUUAAACACCGACUCUAAGUUUCACAGCAGGAUUCUUUGUUAACGGCUCAAGUCUUAAAACAUUUUAAAUGUUUCUGUUAAUUUUCGAACGUUACUAAUUAACAAUCGUCACUUAUAUAAACGCAUAGAAAUCAACGUAAUGUCGUUAGAAACCUGGUACCAAGAUGUUGAUCGUAUUUUCGAUUUUAGUUAUUGUUUCUUGCAAAGCAUCACCUAUCAUACAAGAUGAGCUGUACGGAUUAGAAGAUUUUUACGAUGAUGAUUUAAGUAUAAAUCCGGAAUUGGGUGAACACUUCGAAGGAGAUAUGAUAUUAUCAGCCGAACAAAGGGACUCAAUAACUUCAGCGGUAAAAGGACGUAACGGUCUCGUAGACGGUGCUAAACGUUGGCCCAAUAAUACCGUCGUGUAUUACAUACAAGAAGACGACUUCGAUGAGGAUCAAAUAAAGAUGAUCGAAAUGGGAAUGGCCGAUAUAUCCAAUAAGUCGUGCAUUCAAUUCAGCAAAAGAAAAGAGAACGAACAUGCAUUACGAAUACAGGGUUCCUCAAGCGGUUGUUUUUCGAAUGUGGGUUAUAGAUUGCCAGAGGACGACGAAGAUGAACCAGACCAAGUUUUGAAUCUCGCCAAACGUUGUUUUAAACAUGGCACCGUAGUCCAUGAGAUGUUACAUACUCUUGGGUUUUAUCACAUGCAGAGUACGUAUGAUAGAGACGAUUUUGUAGAAAUUGUUUGGGAAAAUAUUAAAGAUGGACAUGAGCACAAUUUCAAAAAAUACAAUAAUGACACGAUCACUGAUUUUGGAAUAUCAUACGACUAUGGAAGCGUGAUGCAUUACCCGGAAAAAGCUUUUUCAAAAAAUGGAAAUAGAACAAUAAUUCCAUUAGAGGAAAAUGUAGAGUUGGGACAAAGAUUAGGCAUGUCUGAAAAAGAUGUCAUCAAAUUAAAUAAAAUGUACUGUGAAAAUACGGAGGAAGAAUCUGAAGAGAAUUAGUCGUAAAGAAGUUGAAAUAGUGUUAUUUUUUUUAAUAUUUCAAUGUGUAUAGAUUUAACAUAUAUAAUAAAAAAUAGCUAUAUAAUGGCCGUCUGCUCUAGUUAUCUACGUUUUUCGUAUUAAACGUUUCGUGUUGAUCUACUUA